AAAUUCUGAAAAAGUAAAAUCUGUUAGGAUAGAAGAGGAAACUAUGUCUUCUUCAAAUAGUAAUGCUGAACCUACUCCUAAGGGUGGUCAAAUUAAUUUCAAACCUAGUUUUAGUCGGUUGUCUUUGGAGGUGUUAAAAUUUUUGUGCCAUGAGUUAGGUAUUUCUGAUGUUGGUUCAAAACAAGAUUUAAUUAGUAGAUUAGCUAGUGAAUAUAAGAAGAAGGAUGAUUCUGUUAAUGAGUUGUUAGGUAAAGAGAAAUCUACAUAUGCUGGGAAAGAUUUUGGUGAUGCAGGCCAGUUUGCUAACAGUCAAUCAGAAAAUAUGCAUAGCUUUUUUACUAAUUCAUUUUCGGGACAACAGCCUGUUGCACCCUCUCCAAUGCAAGUUUACCCAUAUUUUCAGCCUACUUUACAGCAAUUGCCUGGUCAACAGGGUUUGUUUUUGAGUUUACCAAAUUUUGGAGUCAAUGGUAUAGGUCCUUCCUCUGCAGGGCAGCUGAAUUUGGGUUCUGGUAGGAGAAAUGAUUUGAAUAGAGAAGUUGUUUGUUAUUUGUGCGAUGGAAAGGGUCAUUAUGCCAAUGAAUAUGGGUCGAAAAAGCACUUUAAUAGGCUCUUUCGAGGUGAUAACUCCAGACAAAGAAGAACUUGA